AAAAACAAAACAAACAGUGUCCAGGUUAGGGACCCACAUAUUUUGAUUUGCCAGGACUUUCCUUUUUGUAUUUUCUCGAGAAAUUUCUCUCUCUACACGCUCCUCUCUCUCUCUAUAAAUUGAAAUGAAAUAACUUUAAUUUGAAAUUCUCUCUCUCUCUCUUUCUGCUCGUAUUUACGCGCAUUUCCUCUCCGUUGGUUCUUAUUUACUGCAUUAUCAUUUAAUACACACACCCAAUUUCUCGCUGUUGUUGAACCCAAAUAAAAUAUAGUGCGCUGUUGGUUUUUGAUGCGAGAAAAUCUUGUCUCAAGGUUGAGGAGUCACCACUUCAACAGCUUCACAAUAUCAAGCCAGAAGACUGAGCUGGGAACAAGCUGUGAAUGAUCAAUCUAGCAUGGCCACAGGAAAUCCUUUUUUUGAUGACUUGCGAAAUAAACCAGAGGUUAUUGAUCCACCUCUAACUGAUGACAUGAUGGAUGUUGGUGAAGCUGUGAAUGAGCCUGUUCAGACAACAUUGAAGCCUAAUGUCGUGUCUAGCAGUGUCCGUGAACUUUUGGAGUGCCCUGUGUGCUUAAAUGCCAUGUAUCCGCCAAUUCAUCAGUGUUCAAAUGGUCAUACUUUAUGUUCUGGCUGCAAACCAAGGGUUCAUAACAGAUGCCCCACCUGCAGGCAUGAACUUGGUAAUAUCAGAUGUCUUGCAUUAGAAAAGGUUGCUGCUUCUCUUGAACUUCCAUGUAAAUAUCAAAGUUUUGGCUGUGUGGGGAUAUACCCUUACUACAGCAAGCUAAAACAUGAAUCACAAUGUGUCUAUAGACCAUAUAAUUGCCCCUAUGCUGGAUCAGAAUGCACGGUUAUUGGUGAUAUCCCUUAUCUGGUGGCUCAUUUGAAGGAUGAUCACAAAGUUGAUAUGCAUAGUGGCAGUACAUUUAAUCACCGAUAUGUCAAAUCAAAUCCACAUGAAGUUGAGAAUGCGACAUGGAUGCUAACGGUUUUUAGCUGCUUUGGUCAGUACUUCUGUCUACACUUUGAAGCUUUCCAGCUCGGAAUGGCUCCAGUCUACAUAGCAUUCUUGCGAUUUAUGGGUGAUGAUAAUGAGGCGAAGAAUUACAGCUAUAGCCUUGAGGUGGGCGGCAAUGGAAGGAAGAUGGUAUGGCAAGGAGUGCCUAGGAGCGUAAGGGAUAGUCACAGGAAGGUUCGCGACAGUUUUGAUGGUCUCAUCAUUCAGCGCAAUAUGGCACUUUUCUUCUCCGGCGGUGAUCGUAAGGAAUUAAAGCUUAGGGUAACUGGACGUAUUUGGAAAGACCAGUGAUUAAAUUCAGCUGCUAGAGCUAAUAGAUUAGUUAAAUUUUUGUAGUCUAAGAGUCUCCCAUUCAUGUAUUUUUUGAGCUGAAGGCAAUCUCUCUUUGCUCACUAUGCAUCAAAUACAUGAUCGGGAGACGCUGCUCUCAUGCCUGUGAGGUAACUGUAAUGUUUUAGCCUAUAGAGCUUUAGAAUUGCUAUUUUGCGCUGCCUAUGGAGUUGUUUUGUUGUUAUCCUUAGAUUGUGGACCACAUAGUUGAACUAACUCUGGUGCAUCAAGUUUUAGGAAAGCUAUUUAGUUGACAUGGGCAUUUUGACCAUCCAAAUGCCUUGUAUUUUCCGUUCUAGAAGUUAACUCAGCUUAUUUAUUUCAA